AUGGAGAGGAAGAGGAAGCCAGAUUCGGUAUCUGGCACGGAGGGCUUGGGCAAGAAGCCCAAGACAGAUUACAGAGGGAAGGGCCAGCAGGGCCGAGGCCGCUGCGGAAAGUAUGGCAGGUCACACGAGGGGACGUGCAGGGCAGGGAGUUCGGGCUGCUUCAAGUGCGGCCGAACAGGAUAUGUGAGCAGAGAUUAUAUUGCAGCUUGUACUACUACUACCACCGCAUUAUCUGAUCUGAUUUGCUUUCAGUGCAAUCAGAGGGGCCAUAAGAGGUCCCAGUUCCCGAGUUUGGCAGCGGCAGGGAAGGUGAUGGCACCCGCCCCUGCUACAUUGAGGAUUACAGACGGUCGUCAGGGCCGGGCUGAGACGCUAGUGGCAAAGAGUAGAACCUUCCAGUUGACAACAGAGGAGGCACGUGCAGCUCCUGAUGUGGUUACGGGAUCAUUCUUGGUGAACGACAUUUCAGCUAUGGUAUUGUUUGAUUCGGGGGCUACCCGAUCAUUUGUGUCGCUUGCGCUUAGAAAGCGAUUUAGUAGAGCUUCAGGGGAGCUGGACUGCCCACUCUAUGUGGAGAUAGUGGAUGACAGGACCGGUUCAAAUCUUACUGAAAAAUUAGGAAACUUUUUGGGCUGGAAUACUAACUCAUUGCGUUAA